CCGAGCUCUUUUGAAUUGCGUGCAAAGUGACAAGAGGAGGGUCGAUGUCGAUGAAACUCAUGUUUCCCAGUGUGCCUGAACGCAUCUGCAGCAGCUUUGGUUUCUACGGCAACGACUGACAACGAAGACCGAAGAUGGUUCACAUCACAGAAGAUCUAAUCCGGCGUCGCGCCGAGCACAACGAGUGUGAGAUCUUCUCCCUGGAGGAGGUCUCCCUGCAUCAGCAGGACAUCGAGAAGAUCGAGCACAUCGAGCGCUGGUGCAGGGAUCUGAAGAUCCUUUAUCUUCAGAAUAACCUCAUACCAAGAAUCGAGAAUGUUGGACGCCUCAAGAAGCUGGAGUACUUGAACCUGGCCUUGAACAACAUAGAAGUCAUUGAAAACCUGCAAGGCUGCGAGAACCUGCAAAAAUUGGACCUGACGGUGAACUUUGUGGGGCGUCUGAGCAGCGUGGAGAGCCUGAAAGAAAACAUCCACCUGCGUCAACUCUUCCUGGUGGGCAAUCCCUGCACGCUCUUCGAGGGCUACCGCAAGUACGUCGUCGCCACCUUACCCCAGCUCAAGUGUCUGGACGGCACCGAAGUGACGCGGUCCGAGCGCAUUGCGGCCAAUCAGGGCUUGGAGGAGUUGAGGAUGCGUGUCCUGGAGGAGGAGGACCAUUACUUGUGGAAGACCGCGCACGAGAAGGAAGAGGAGAAGGCCAAGAAGAAGCAGGCUGAGGAAUCAGGAAGUAGUGCUGGUGACUCGGAGGAGAAGCAAGAGCAGCUGACCGAACUGGAAGAAGAAAGACGGGAGAAGGAAUUCUGGCACACGCCGUGUCCCUUCACUCCAGAAUCCCGCCUGGAAACUCACCGCCACCUGGAGGCCAAGCGGAGGGCCAAGGAGAAAGGCAACGAGAAGAAAGUGAAGCCCCCAAAGACUCUGAUAACUGCUGAUGGACGAGUCCUGAAUGUCAAUGAGCCCAAACUGGACUUCUCUCUGAUGGAAGACGACAACAAUAGCAGGAUCGUUUUAGACCUGGCAGUGUACAGACACAUGGACACUUCCCUGAUGGAUGUGGACGUGCAGCCAACGUACGUCAAAGUUGCCAUCAAAGGAAAAAUAUUUCAGCUGGUUCUGCCGGCUGAGGUCAAGCCCGACAGCUCCACGGCACAGCGGUCGCAGACCACGGGGCACCUGCUGCUCCACAUGCCCCGGGCUCAAGGUGAAAUCAAGGUGACAAAAGCUGCCAUACAUCCAUCGAAAGACGACCGCCGCCGCCGCAGAUCGCCCGACAGCAAGAAAAGAGAACGCUCCAUUCCAGAGAGGUUGGAAGUGGACGCCAGCGGAACCGUGGACAUUGCCAAUAUCGUGACACGUCCCCGCACCGUCGAAGGGCCGCUGGAAACUUCUGGCUGGAAUCCAUCCGCCGCCGCCGCACGUCUUGACGACGAACCCUCGGAAGGAUUUGUGGAUGACCCCGACGUACCGCCGCUCAUUUAACCCAACCCUGCCGUAGAACGGAGAAGAGGCUCGUUCACGCUCUCGCGACUGCAGUGUGGUUGUUGAGGAAGAUCGUGUGGAAUAACGAUCAACAAGUUGAGAAGGUAGACCCGUGGGGGGGGACUCUUGUCUGCUUAGCUUUGUGCUUGAGUGCAGGAUGUCUCCUGAAGACAGUGAACUAAUCUCAAGGUCUUUUUGUUUUUCCUGGAACGUCUGUUUGUAUUUUUUCAGGACAUCGUCUUUAUGUUUGUCAAGAUUUUGGAAUAACCCCCCCCCCCAAAAAAAAGAAAAAAAAAGAUCAAGACACAACAAAUCAUGUGCAGUCUCAUCCUCCUAUGUCUGCGUUUCAUUUGUUUCGUGUCUGUUGCCAUGACGACACAAAUCAUCCUCGAUUGCUGACUCACCAGGCACACUUGGGUCAGGAAGGACCACUUGGGACUUUGCUCCUCUCUUUUUUCCCCUUCUGCCCUUCCCCCCGCUCGUUCUCAACUUUUCCACAUUUCUACCUUCUCUUUUUCUUCUCCUCCAGCUUUCACAUCCUCUUUACCGUUUCCAAGUUCACUUUCCACCCCGCAAGUCGGUUCUUUGUCUUAACUGACUACCCGAACUAAGUCGGCAACCUGCUUCCAUUCUUCGCUUGCGGUGAACUUUCUGCUCCGUUGACAUGAGCUGGAAAAUGAACGGACACCCUACAAGAGUGAAAUAAGCUUUCGCCGUUUUUCCCCAAAGAUUUGGAAAACGUCUCCAAAAGCGUGAUGGGAAAAA